GAGCCCCCGGUAGCCCCCACCUUCCCACUGCCUGGAUGAUGGAGGCCCUGCCCCAGACCCAGCCCAGGCUCGAGGGAGCGCUUUUGGACGCUAGGCCUGCGGGUGCAAACAGCUAUGGGCAACUUGGCCUGGGCCAUAAGGAGGAUGUGCUUUUGCCCCAGCGGCUGAGUGACUUCUGUGAACCUGGGUGUGUGAGGAGGAUCACAGGAGGAGGAGGCCACUCUGCGGUUGUCACUGAUGGAGGAGGUCUUUUGGUUUGUGGCCUGAACAAAGAGGGGCAGCUGGGACUUGGCCACACAGAUGAUGUCCUGUAUUUUACCCCUUGCACCUCCCUCCUUGGCUGUCCUGUCCAACAGGUGGCCUGUGGCUGGGAUUUUACCAUUAUACUCACAGAAAGUGGUCAAGUUCUGUCGUGCGGAUCCAACUUGUUUGGUCAACUCGGAGUUCCUCAUGGACCUCAAAGAUGUGUGGUUCCCCAGGCCAUCGAGCUCCUGAGAGAGACGGUUGUGAGUGUGGCGGCUGGACUGAGGCAUGCGUUAGCUGCCACAGCCAGUGGCAUCGUGUUCCAGUGGGGCACUGGUUUGGCAUCAUCUGGACGGCGGCUGUGUCCUGGGCAGACACUCCCAUUGUUUUUGACAGCAAAGGAACCGAGCCAAGUGACAGGCCUAGAGAAUUCUAAAGUAAGAUGUGUUCUUGCUGGCUCAUGUCACUCGGCUUCAUUAACAGAUGCAGGAGAGCUGUAUGUUUGGGGGAGCAACAAACAUGGGCAACUGGCAACCCAGGAUGCUUUCCUUCCUGUACCCCGGAAGAUAGAAGGACGCUGUUUUCAGAAUGAAAAGGUCACUGCCGUCUGGAGUGGGUGGACACACCUGGCCGCCCAGACAGAGACUGGCAAGGUGUUGACCUGGGGCCGAGCAGACUACGGUCAACUAGGGAGGAGAGUGGCGGCCCCUGAAGACUGGCGAGGAGAACCGCGUGACCCCCUCCCCCCGCACUCCAGACCAUGGAACAGCGUGCCCUCAUCGCUGCACGGCUUAUUGGGAGCAACUGAGAUCUCUUGUGGCUCAGAGCAUAAUCUAGCAGUUAUUGGUGGCGUGUGCUACUCUUGGGGCUGGAACGAGCAUGGCAUGUGUGGAGAUGGCAUGGAAGCCAACGUCUGGGCCCCCAUGCCAGUGCAGGCUCUGAGGUCAUCCAAGGGACUGCACGUGGGCUGUGGGGCUGGCCACUCACUGGCCCUCUGCCAGCUGCCAGCCCCGCCUGCACCGGGCCAGAGCCCCAAGGACAUGGACACCUUCCCAGAUGCCACCGAAGAUGUCGAUUCUCGGGGAACAAUGGACAAGCUAGGAAAUGGAGAAACUAGAGGGAGAGAGCAUCAGAAACCUCAUCCCAAUGCCACUCUGACAGGUCCGGAAGUGGGGGACUUGUGACAGAGAGCUUUGAAUAAAACGGGUUUUCCCACCAAA